AUACCAAUAUGCCAAAUACAUAUCAAAGUUUCUCAGGAACAGAGCGAUCAAACUUAGAAACACAGCGAUCAAACUUAGAAACACAGGAUCUAAAUUCAGAACAACAAUUGGAAGACAUUAGUCAAAGUUUGUUAGAAACACAGCAUCAAAAUUCAGAUAACACUAGCUCUCUCCGUUCUUAUUAUGAGAAGCAAUCGGAUUUAACCUUAAUUUAGAAUGAAAACUUUAAUUUUUUAAUUAAACUGACAUAAAGUUCGUGUGAUAUUUUUUUCCUCCCAGCAAGCAACCCUUUCACUUGGAAUAAAAGAUGAACUUACAUACCUUGAAAUAUUCAGGUUGAAGGCUUGUAUAAAUAGCUCGACACGUCUCGGGUAUUAUUUUAGAAAGCGAUGGUGCUGAUAUACCAGUACUGUAUUGUAAAUCUUUUAAUGAGCGUCCUGUAGCCAGAUAUCGCAGAGUGGCUGCCAAUCUUGCCUCUGCAGUUAUACUUUGCCUCAUAUUUGUAUCUUGUUUGGUUAUCUUGUCUUUUAUUUUAUUUAAUAAUAUAUUAAACACUUCGUUGUCCAUUCGUAAAUAAUUUUUAAAAUCAUCAGGAUAAUUGUCUCGUAACUCUCGUAUCAGCGGCAAAUGACUUAAUCGUUCUCUGUAUUUUUUUACCCAUACCGAUCUUCUUUUUCUUGUAUUAUUUAUCAUACAAAGACCGGCGAACAUAACAGCUUGAUUAAAUUUUCUUCUACGAUCGUCCAUUUCGCAAGCGAGGUACGACUUCACUACGGCGCGACUACAAUCCUCCGUAAUUUUCACACACUCCAACGCGCCACGCUUUCCUUCGUUCAAUCGCGCGCGAUUAUCGUUUACACGCACAAUCUUUCCUCUUCCCUUAAAAACGCACGAAUAAUCGCGCGCGAAAGAAUAAGUGCAUAAAAAAACGUGACAAAACAAUCCCUCGCGAUUGCGCGCGCGCGCUUUCCCGCGUUCAAUCCCGCGCACUCCUAAUCACGCGGUAAAGAGCGUGCGUGUAAACCCGGC